AACGAGGGCAGUCUGUAAAAGCUCGCUUACCGCAUACAAACCAGCGCAUUACGGACCGGAAAACUUGCAUUAAUGUUUCAGCCAUUAAGACCUGAUUUCUUUGGAUAAGUAUACGUUUAUUACAGGGUAAAGGAUUUGUUUCAAAAUGCAAAAGUUAACGCUAGUUACGACUAACAUGGAGAUGUACAAACAUCCAAGACAUAUGCCCGGAUACCUAGGCUACACUCCGACCAUUAAAUACACGUAUAGUGAUACCUAUGGUAACACGACAGCCAAAUGGUUCAGCGAUUACAGGAACGCCACAAUCAACACGAGCAAACAGCGUAUGUGGAGGGGAGGCCAUAAGCAUCUACCAUUCCCAACAUAUUACACAGGGAACCCGGACCACGUGCUCGGGGCACGUACUUAUGCGAGAGACCGCUGGGAAGCAGCACCGAAGUACAAGUUAUUCAACACGCACGAACAAGACAACACCAUCAAGAAUUUCGAUAGCGCAGCCCAACAACACCGUGAGCAAUACAGGGAUCGCACUCAAACUGUACAACCGGUGAAAAUUUUCCUCCUACCGAAAAUAUCCCACGAAACAACGCCAUCUCUCUACCACAAGGAAAGUAGAACUUUAGAUGAACGCAAAGCCGUCGCAUACGCGAACCAAUUUUACAGAACUAUGAAGACCAAACCGCUGGCCAAAUCGGAUGGGGAAAACCGGCGCAUAAGGGAUGUAUUCUUUGAAAGAAGAUAGCGAUGUUGCAUCAGCCAGGGAGAGGAGAGAGCGCGUUCCUAAAACUGCUCUCUUUUUCUUUUAUUGUAAAUAUGAUUUAUCAGAUUGUCAUUUAAAAAUAAUUGGGAGUUUUCUCGUUAUUAUAUUAACACAAUAAUUAACUAAAAAAAUACAACAUGCUAUUGUAUAGAGACCAAUAACAGUAAUUUGUACAAUACUUUCAUUAUUUAUUUUACGCGGUGUGCAAUAAAAUCUCAUAAAAAAGUUGUGUUUUAUACCAUUCUCACCAGUUGUUUCCCCGAUACAUAUGUUAGCACCUUGCCAUCGGAAAAAAAUGGGGUUGAGAUCUUGGGGUUGCUGCCGCUGGCUGGCUCCGACUUAAACAUCAUCAUCAUUGUAGUUAUGUGCACAGGCGCAUAUGAAGAAACCGUUGUCGUUUUGGCGUCUGGCACCGAGGAAUCUUAGUUUCUUUUCAGAGGCUUUCUCCAUUGACUAAAGGUGGUCACAGUCACUGUUUUUCUUUUUUGAAUAAAAUUCAUAAAGUUUGCAAAGCACCUGCGGUACGGCAGCAU